CUGAAAUCAUGACCGUCCUCGGUCAUCCGCUCACUCGCGCCUUAUGGUCUGCCGGGAUGGACUUGGAUAGAGUUUUUCCGACUCUUCUAGCUCACGCAAGCACUUGGUCGAAAUAUCGUGGAGGUCUUUGAUGGGUGGGAGGUUGAUGGCCUUUCGCGCAAAGUACGGAACCACACGGAACGCGGCAAUAGGGCGAUGCAGGACUGAGCCGUCGAGCUCGCAGAGGAUGUACGCGCCGCCACGGUUUCGUGAGAUGACGACGAGGGGACCCAGGACUAGAUCUCCACGCUUGAAGUCGAAGUCGCGCAUAGUGGAUGCGUGCUCCUGCUCGAAACGGGCCGCUGCACGGAGCCUGGCUCCGUAUACGUCGGAGUGGAGCUGGGAUAGGUGGGAUCGACGCUUCUGCAGGGCGAUAGCAUGGCGGGCAAUGAGCUCCGUGGUGGAGAGGACGGAUUCGGGUGGAGGGAGCAACGAAGUAUGGCGAGCAUCCCAUCCGUCGUCGGACGGUGAUACGGUCUGCCCAGAAGACAGAGUAUGCGGCGCUAUGCCACUUCGAUUGGUUUCCAUCGGCGGCUUUGAAGAGCGCUUGUCGGACAUCAAAAUGCGGUCGCUCAGCAAGGUUGGCUUGGGAAUUGUACCCGGAUAUCCGGAUGUGUUGGAUCCCGUAUUGUUUCUCGAAGCGUGCCCCAUCGGCAGAGCAAGUCUUCGAAGAUCCACAAUGCCAGCGCCUUGGCAUUUUCACGGCGGAGCAUACGGAAUUCGGGGUAGUGGGUGAGUGAACAACGGGCCUGCACAAUGUAUCAGAAACCUCCGCUCGUUGGGAGAUGCAUGGUGUCCAUGUACACCUUAGCAAAGAGCGGCGCUGGGACUGCGACAGUUCGAACGUACCAAGCGAUGUCAUGGGCCAUAUGUGGCCACCAGAACCGCUCGGCAAUGAGGGCGCGGGUCGCAUAGAAGCCUUUAUGACAGGCAUCAUCGUGUGCUGCUCGGAGGAUGGGCAGGCGGCGUUCCAUGGGGACUACAAGUUUGUGCCGACCAUCGGGGUGUUUUCGCCAUAGCUUUUCUUCCUUCAGGUCACGGGGUCUUCCAAGCGUAUUGAGCCAAAGGCGGACUCGGUCAACGCGGUAGUCGGCAAGCCGGUCAGACUCGGUGCGAGGUACGGCAUCGUAGGAGAUAGAAGGCGGGGGCUCAAUAUCUGCAGGGUGCCCCAUUGACCAUGUGCAUAAGGCCGUGCACUUGGUCAAUCCAAUCAUCGAAGUCAUCUUCUGGUUCUGGUAUGUCGUCUGGGUGCGGAGGACGUCGGGAGAGACCGUCAGGGCGGUGCGAGAUGCCGGGAACAUGAACAAGCGUGAAAUGAAAGCAUGCCUUUGAUGUAACGGGCGUCUACCUCGACUACUAGGUUGCGGACGCCAAUGAUAUGGAGUUUCCACAAACGGAGCGCACGGUACAGGCCAUAAAGCUCGAGCUUUGCCUGUGAGAAGCGGGCCUCGCGAUCGUUCAAGGUGAUGGAGCCAAACCGGGCGUAGAAGCGGCGGGCCAGGAGUUUGGGAUCGCACUGGGCCAGCAGAAAGCCGACUGCGAUGUAGGAUGUGUCAACUGAGAGAAUGACGGGGGCAUGGGAAUGAUAGUCAAUGGGUCGGAGGGCUGGUGAACGAAGGAGUGCGUGUUUUAGAUCAGCUUGAGCUGCGAUCUGUUCUGGA